UCAGCAUGGCACUAUUUCGGGCUAUAUCAUUUUGUUUUAAGAGCUAAAUUCGACGAGCGCCACUUUGUCCGCUGCAGGGCUUCUCCAAAACCCUAACCUUUUUCUACGGUUCUUCGCCUUCUUCGUCUGCUCAUCUGCAAGACAGAUAAAAGUGCCCACAACUGUUCAUAACGUAACUGAAGCAUGGCUUUGCCAUUUACACCUGCCAAGAGACCUUUUGAACGCAAUCCUACGGAGCCAAAUGGAAGAGGGAAGUGGCAGAAAACUUCUCCAUCUGUUUCUCAACCGAGUCAAUUCAAAGUUUCAUCAGGGCCUGUAGUUUUCCGUGUGCUUUGCCCUUCUUCCAAGUCUGGAAGUGUAAUUGGUAAAGGAGGUGGCAUUAUAGCAAGAAUACGGAACGAGACUGGUGCAAAAAUAAAGCUUGAAGAUAUUGUUCCUGGUUGUGAUGAGAGAGUUGUAGUCAUAAGUCGUUAUGCAAAAGAUUCUGAGUUUAGAAAUGAGCAGACUAAGCAAGAUGAUAGGGGCAGUAAUGCUGAUGGCGGUGAGGAUGGUAAAGCUAGUGUAGAGGGUGGCAAAGAAAAGGAGGAUUCUGCCGUCACUGAAGAUUCAAAGUUAGUGAAGGCAACAUCUUUAGUUCAAAAGGCUUUGUUUCUUAUUUUUGAGAGAAUAAUUGAAGGUGAGCAGGAAAAUGAUGAUGCGGAUGAGGCUAAUAAGAAAUCUUCUCCUUCUAUAAGAUUGCUGGUUUUCCCCAACCAAGUUGGUUGUCUUUUGGGAAAGGGUGGAAGUGUGAUCAAGCAGAUGUCAACUGAUAGUGGAGCUCACAUCCGAAUACUUCCCAGGGACAAGCUUCCUCUGUGUGCAUCACCAAAUGAUGAAAUUGUCCAGAUCUCAGGUGGUGUAGAUUCUAUAAGAAAAGCUCUCCAAUCAGUUUCCCAGCAGCUCAUGGAGAAUCCACCUCGUGAUCGUGAUUUCUCUGCAGACAAUCCUCCCGUGUCAUCACAUCAAUAUCCUCCUAAUCCUCGUCCGGAGGCUUUUAACCCAACAAAUUAUCAUAAUAUGCCUGUUCAAGGGCCACCUUUUCCUAAUAGGCCACCAUUUGAUGCUCCUGAUCUUUCAUCUUUUCCCAAGUUCCAUGAAGGUCCUGUACCAGGGCAGAUGCCAGUUGCUCCAGAGGUUCUUGUCUUUCGAUUGUUGUGUUCAAAUGAUAAGGUUGGAAGUGUUAUUGGAAAGGGAGGUAAUAUUGUCAAGAACCUCCAGCAUGAAACAGGCUGUGAGAUUAAAAUUCUGGAGACUCCUUCUGAGAUAGAGAAUCGGAUUAUAGUCAUUUCUGGUCCUGCGCUCCCAGGUGAUAGAAUAUCCCCACCCCAAGAUGCAGUCCUUCGUGUCCAGCACAGAAUUUUUAUGGCAGUACCUGAGACUAAAGAUAAUUCUGUCUUGUCUAGGCUUCUUGUUACUCCCAAUCAAACAGGUUGUCUUCUUGGAAAAGGUGGUUCUAUUAUAGCAGAAAUGAGGAAGCUUUCUGGAGCCCAUAUUCGUGUUUUGAGUAAAGAUCAGAUCCCAAAGGGCGUGCCAGAAAAUGAUGAAAUAGUUCAAGUAAGUGGUGAAUUUGGAGCUGUUCAGGAAGCCCUUUUGCAAAUAACUGCUAGGCUCAGAAAUCAUCUUUUUCGUGAUAAAGCUUCUGCUUUAAACCAUCCUGCCCAUCCGGCCUUUCUUGAUCAAAUGCCUCCAUUUGGUUCAUACAUGGGAAGGAGGGAACCUUCACCUCCAAGGUUAUAUGGUGGUAUUCCCCCAUUCCAGAAGGAUGCUGGUGCUCGUGCACAUGAGGAAAGAUCUGCUUUUGCUCAUUCAAUUCAUGGUUCAGGUGUUUCUCCUCUCGGCUCAGAAAGAGCGCCUCCAGCACCAUGGGCACCCCAGGGCAUGCGAGAAGGUGGUGGACCGAUGCCUAUUUCUGAUUUUGCAGGAGCUCCUUCUAGAAGAACUGGUGGUUUCCCAGGAGGAAACCAGUCAGCCGCAGUCAGUCAUGCAACGGUGGACGUUGUUGUUCCUCGAGCCCUCGUGCCUUCCAUUUAUGGAGAGGAUGGAGGCUGCUUGAGGCGGAUUCGUGAGAUAUCAGAGGCCAAAAUAACCAUCACUGAACCUAGACCUGAUGCAAAGGAAACCGUUAUACUAAUAUCUGGAACUCCUGAACAAACUCAUGCUGCACAGAGUCUUCUUCAAGCGUUUGUACUGAGUGAAACCACUGCACCGUGAUUUUUCUUUAUGUGAAGCCCCAUUGGUGUGCUGCCGUAGUGAGCUUAGUCACCUCUUCCUUAUGUUUCAUCGAACAACAGCAUGCGAUGAAGGCAACUGGAUCGGCGGGGAGCGAAAGUGUCAACAACGAUGGAAUUGGCGAGAUAAUGAAGAAGCUGUGCGAUAUAGGAUAUUGAUGGCAAUUGUGGGUAAGUAUUUUCUCAUGUUUAAAAUUUUAAGUCUUAUAUGUGUAAAUAAUAAAGUUUAGAUGUUCAAUAUGUAAAUAAGUGUUUUUAGUGCUAUGCAUAUAAAUCCUCCUAAAUUUUAAUAUUGCUACAAUUGAUUUCUUUUUA